AUGAGUCAGCUAAAUCCCCAUGCUCCUUUCUUUCUGCCAGUCCACCAUCUUACACGUUCACCCUCUCCAUGCCUCAACCUGUGCUCACCACCACCACCGCCGCCGCCACACGCCAUUUGUGAUCUUCCUCUUCUACAACCCCAGCCCUUCUCCUUCCAUGAGUUGCCCUCACCACUGCCAGGUCCGCUACAGCCGUUCUAUUCACAAUCCGGCGCCGGCUACUCUGUUCCGCCGGCACCGUUGUCUUUUUGCCCACCCCAACACAUCAUCGAAAAUUUGUACGUGUACCUGUCCCCGUUGUGCGUUAACGGCAUUCCUGUGAUUCACGAGGCUGGCUGUAAAGGCACGGACGGCGGCCGUCUGCCUUCCGCCUUAUCGCCUCCUGCUCCGUUGACUCCUACUACCGUGCUCGUUUCCGCCCCCGCCGACGUUCCCCCCGUUGAAGAGAAUGCUGUGAAGGAGCCAACCGAGUGCAAGCUCGGUGUCCUAGGCAAAGUGUACGAAGAGGAGCGCAGGCUGCCGAGGCGAAGCUUUCGCCGGUCAGCAGGAGGGUUGGCAUCGCACCAGCGCAGGAUGAGGGUGGUGGCGACGUAUUGGCGGCCCAAGGGGGAAGAAACGUUGGCAGAUGAGGAGAGGAAGAGCGUGGUUCAGAGUUUGGAGUUCAGGGAUGAAGAUGCUAACUCGGUGUGGAAGACCACCGUCAUGAUUCGGAACAUUCCCAACAAGCUAAGUAGAGAGAUGUUGGUGAAGAAGCUUGACAGUCACUGCUUGGAGAUCAACAACCGGGUAACAUCAGAUGGUUCUUGCGCCGGCGGGAAGGAAGGGAUGGUGGAACCCUUAUCUGAAUUCGACUUUGUUUACUUGCCAAUGGAUUUCAGGAACAAGUGCAAUCUUGGUUACGCCUUCGUGAAUUUUACUUCUUCGGCGGCAACGUGGCGCCUCUACCGAGAUUUUCACAACCAACGAUGGCGCUGCUAUGGUUCCAAGAAGACCUGCGAGAUUUGCUACGCUCGCAUUCAGGGAAGAGAAGCAUUAAAAAGUCAUUUCCGGAACUCGAAUUUUACGUGCGACUCAUCGGACUACCUGCCGAUAGAGUUCUCACCUCCCCGCGAUGGCUCGUCUGCGCCGGUGGGCAGCACGAUAGGGAGAUUGAGGCCGGUUCAUCUGGAAGUUUGA